AAUGGCAUUGAAAAAAGAGAAAGAAGUAUUCAAUGACAUUGAAGAGAAAGAUCAAUACAAGAAUCUGCAUGAUUUCACAGCUGGGAAAAAAUCUUUCAGGUGUUCACAGACUGAAAAGAUCUCCACACGAAAAAAAGCUCAAAAGACUGGAGAAACUAGAAGUGAUUUCACUUGCUUUCGGUUUGGAAAGAGUUUCAAUCAACAAGGAAACCUUAAAGUCCACAUUGGGGAGACCCCUUUCAGUUGCCAACACUGUGGAAAAAGUUUCACUUAUAAAGGAAACUUUGACAGGCAUAUAAAAAAUCACACUGGAGAAAAGCCAUACACCUGCCAACACUGUGGAAAAAGUUUCACCCAUAAAGGAAGCUUUGACAGGCACAUAAGAAUUCACACCAGAGAAAAGCCUUACACGUGCCAGCAGUGUGGAAAAAGUUUUUCUCAACAUGGAAAUCUUGAAGUCCACAUGAGAGUACACAAUGGAGAGAGUCCCUUCACUUGCGAACAGUGUGGAAAAAGUUUCAGUCAUCAAGGAAGCCUUAGCCACCACAUGAGAAUUCACACCGGAGAGAAGCCUUACACCUGCAAACAGUGUGGACAAAGUUUUACUAAUAAAGGAAGCCUUAACUGGCACAUGACUGUUCACACUGGAGAGAAGCCUUACACAUGCCCUCAGUGUGGAAAGAGUUUCCAUCAGCAUGGAAACCUUCAAGCCCACAUCAGAAUUCACACCGGAGAGAAGCCUUACACCUGCCAACAGUGUGGAAAAAGUUUCACUCAUAAAGGAAGCCUUAACUGGCACAUGAGAAUUCACACCGAAGAAAAGUCUUAGGCCCGUUGUUUCAUAACCUAGCGCGUUUCCCACCUUAGCUCGGUUUGUUUGGGCAUAUGUGAACAUGGCAAUCACGCUCGGAUCCGCGCCAAAACAAUCGGUCCGAGAUCAUCUUAACGAGGUGGUCUCGGCUCGAUUGAAAACGAUCUCUGGAGCGGUUCUCGCUUGUAGUGAGAAAACUAUCAGAUUUUAACAAUUUAACAAUUUUGGUCCAUUUAGAAGCUUUGCAGUGUGAAAGUGAACCGCACCAAGAAUAAAAAGCAACAUUGUAAUAAUUUUAAUCGCAAAGCGUAGAAGUAGUGAAGUAGAAGUAGCACGCAUGAAUUCACACAGAGUAGAAGCCUUACACAUGCCAACAGCAUUUAGAGAGUUUUACUCAACAUGGAAACCUUAGAGUCCACAUGCGUAUUCACACCGCAUAAAAUCCUUACAACCUGCACCCAGUGUGGAAAAAGUUUCAUUCAUUGAUGGUUUGGGGAUCUGACCGUCUCAUGGCUGUGGUUUUAAAUGUGAUGCACAAAUUGAAGUAAUUGUAAUAUGUUUUUUGUUGUUACUUUCAUGCAGUUAAUGUUUCUGGAUUUAUUUGCCAUUUUUAUUUGUUUGUGCAAUUCUUGAGGGCUGGUCAGGAUCAUUUCAAUAAUAUGUUUAAAGCAGCAGUCUGUAGGUUUUGCCUCAUUGUUGCCAUCUCUGUUGGAAACCUGCAGUUGCAGUUAUCAGCAGAAUUUUCAUGUGUAUGUGGUUUGUGCUUCGGCACGGCUCCUCAGCGCGGAUGAAUCUAAUGUUUUGAGGAGUAUGUGUUGCCGUCAGUCACCACACCAGUGUGGAUAUUCACUGUACUCUGGUGUUACAGAUACUAUGUUUUGGAAGUAUGACUAAAAUAAGACAUUUCACUGGAAAAUAUCAUCUGAACGAAUAACGUGUCUGCCUUUUUUGUUCUGACCGUCUAAGAAAAAGAAGCAUUACAAUAAA